GAAUAUGUGCUAAUGGUAUACCACAAAAAUGAUUAAAUGCUGUCCCUGACCUAAAGAAGGAAAGGGAGAGACCGACUCAGAAACCUUACUCAGUAUUUGAAAAUGACACAGAGACCUCCCUAGGACCAAGAGCUAGUCGUUUGAAGCUACACCACACUUCGUUUGAGAACUUUAUCUCUUCUUCCAUUAUUGGAAGCCCGAUAAGCCGUCUGCAAUUUUUUCAGUGGUUGUGGUGGCGCCGUGGAAUGCCACAUAACACGUGCCCUUUUGCCAACACAAAAGGCUUGCAGUGUUCUUCGUGGGACAGACUCAAGGCUGAUUAUAUUGUUCAAUUCGUGGGCUCUCUCUGCUCCAACUCCAGGAGGCCACAGCCACCCUUCUUUGGCAAAGUUCCGAAGCGAAGUUCAGAGGGUUGUAGAUAUUGUCAUAGGUUGGCCACCAUCAUUAAAACAAUAGCUCCUUCAUCAUGUCUCUUUGGGCUUUAGACUAUGAAUCACUGAAUGAAAAUGUGAAAAAGGUUCAAUAUGCCGUCAGAGGUGAGCUAUACCUCCGAGCUUCUGAGCUUCAGAAAGAAGGAAAAAAGAUUAUUUUCACAAAUGUUGGCAACCCUCAUGCUCUAGGACAGAGGCCUCUGACAUUCCCUCGUCAGGUGAUUGCUCUGUGCCAAGCUCCAUUUCUACUAGAUGAUCCUAAUGUGGGGCUCAUGUUCCCUGCAGAUGCAAUUGCAAGAGCUAAACAUUAUCUUUCAAUGACGACUGGUGGUCUAGGUGCUUACAGUGAUUCUCGAGGCCUUCCGGGAGUAAGGAAGGAAAUAGCGGAGUUCAUUGGAAGACGUGAUGGGUAUCCAAGUGACCCAGAACACAUAUUUCUCACGGAUGGUGCCAGCAAAGGAGUGAUGCUGAUGUUGAACACAAUUAUUCGUGGUGAAGGGGAUGGGAUUUUGGUUCCAGUUCCACAGUACCCACUUUACUCAGCUUCUAUAUCCUUGUAUGGCGGAUCUCUUGUUCCAUAUUACCUAGAAGAGACAGCGAACUGGGGUCUUGAUGUUAAUGACCUUCGCUUAUCAGUUGCACAAGCUCGCGCUAAAGGAAUAACUGUAAGGGCAAUGGUGAUUAUAAACCCUGGGAAUCCUACUGGUCAAUGUCUCAGCCUAGCCAAUUUAAAAGAAAUAUUGCGCUUCUGUUUCCAAGAAAAAUUAGUCUUGCUUGGAGACGAGGUUUAUCAGAUGAAUAUUUACCAGGAUAAGCGACCCUUUAUAAGUGCCAGAAAGGUUUUGUUGGACAUGGGCCCACCGAUAAGCAAGGAGCUGCAGCUUGUUUCUUUCCACUCUGUUUCCAAAGGAUAUUGGGGAGAAUGUGGUCAACGAGGAGGAUACUUUGAGAUGACUAACAUUCCUCCAAAGACUGUUGAUGAGAUAUAUAAAGUCGUAUCAAUUCAACUCAGUCCAAACGUUCCUGCACAGAUACUUAUGGGAAUGAUGGUUAACCCUCUUAAACCUGGAGACAUCUCCUAUGAUAAGUUUGUUGCAGAGAGCAAAGGGAUCAUUGAGUCUCUGACGAGAAGAGCUCACAUAAUGACCGAUGGAUUCAAUAGCUGCAGAAAUGUGGUUUGCAAUUUUACGGAAGGAGCUAUGUAUUCGUUCCCCCAAAUACGUUUGCCACCUAAAGCAAUAGCGGCUGCUAAAAGGGCUGGAAAAGGUCCUGAUGUUUUCUACUGUCUCAAGCUCUUGGAAGCCACUGGCAUUUCUACUGUCCCUGGUUCCGGAUUCGGACAGAAAGAAGGGUUCUUCCAUUUAAGGACAACCAUCUUACCGGCUGAGGAAGACAUGCCUGAAAUCAUGGCCAGCUUCAAGAAGUUCAAUGAUGACUUCAUGGAACAAUAUGAAGACCACAGAGGCUAUUCGAGGAUGUAAUGCAUGCUUCUUGUUUCUGAACUUGUAUUCCUACUAUUAUUUUUCAACUCCUGCAUGCAAGAAAUGUCCAUUUUUCUCAUGGGUCAUUAACUUGUUUCAAUUAACUAAAAUUCCCAACCUCUUUUUACA